AUGCCUUCCACAGAAGUAAACGGCCAUUCCAAGGUCAUCAUCAACGUCGGAGCAAAAAACGUCCCCUUCUUCACCCCACUCCAAGAUCCCAUCGCCGGAACACCCUACGAUGUCCAACCCGAAGGUAGCCUCUUCUCCCCUCUCAAGCUCAGAAGCCUCACUCUACAUAACCGCAUCAUUGUAUCGCCAAUGUGUCAAUAUUCCGCCCAGAACGGCUACAUGACCCCCUGGCAUAAACAACACCUUGGGAGUUUCGCAGCGCGUGGUCCAGGUCUCAUCAUAACAGAAGUCCAGGCUGUCUCACCAGAGGGACGAAUCAGUCCUGAGGAUGUGGGCAUCUGGGAAGAUGGACAGCUUGUGCCGCUAAAAGAGAUCGUGGACUUUGUUCAUAGUCAGGGUGCCAAGAUUGCUAUCCAGAUGGGUCAUGCGGGGAGGAAGGCGAGUACAGUCGCGCCAUGGUUGGACCGUAAGAACACUGCCGUCAAAGAGGCAAAUGGCUGGCCUGACGACGUGCUUUCACCAAGUGUCAUUCCCUACAGCCCAGAGUCUCUUGUCCCCAAGGAAAUGACCCAAGAUGACAUUGCCAAAUUCAAGAAAGAUUGGGUUGAGGCUGUUAAAAGAGCUCUCAGCGCUGGCUUUGAUGCCAUUGAAGUCCAUUCCGCACAUGGAUAUCUCCUCAACUCAUUCCUCUCACCAGCCUCCAACCACCGAACAGACGAUUACGGAGGCACAUUCGAGAACCGCAUUCGUCUCCUCAUUGAAAUCGUCAAACUAACCCGCGACAUCGUCCCUCAAGACUACCCCGUUCUUGCCCGCAUCCCUGGAACCGAUUAUCUCGAACACGAUCCCUCUCUACCACAGUGGCAUGUCGAGCAGGCAGCAGAGCUCAGCAAGAUCCUCGCAGCCAAUGGCGUAGACUUGAUUGAUGUCUCAGGGGGCGGAUUGGACAGUCGCCAGAAGAUCACAUCUGCCCCUGGAUACCAGGUUCCUUAUGCUGCUGCUGUGAAGAAGGCUGUUAAAGGUACUGGUGUUGCUGUGACUUCAGUGGGGAUGAUUUCUUCUGGGAAGCAAGCGCAGGGCUAUUUGGACGAUGGCUCUGUAGACGCCGUGAUGGUUGCUCGUGGAUUCCUCAAGGAUCCUAAUCUGGUCUGGCACUGGGCUGAUGAGCUGGAUAUUGACAUUCAUGUUGCCGCUCAAUAUGGAUGGAGCUUUGGCAUCACCCGCACUCACCGGCCAAGAAAGCACUAA